CCCAACAAGAAGUGCACUGCGUCUGUUAAUCCCCGUCCACACAUCAUCCAAUCCUGAACUGUGGCAGAGGCAAACACAGCUUGCAUCCUUGCUAAACUCAACACACGUAAACCCAUCCAUGGUUCAAUUUCGUAUUGAGAAUUCUGAACUUUCGGGGGGGAAGUAAUGAGUUUGUAAAGUUAGCUUUUUGAUAUAUUGACUUUCGUUCCGCCCUGGUCUUCUGGCUAGUUGCAAAAGAAAAGAAAGAGUCAGAAAGAAAGAGAGAGUGAUCAGAUGUUGUAACUCACUCGGUACAUAUCUAGAGAUAUCUCUCAUCUUCGUCUUCUUCUCUGAAGUUACUGUUUGCUGGUUAUAUCUAGAAUUAGAUUCUACUUUCGUUAUUCAAUCCCUCGAUUUCCAUUCGACUACGUUGUCUAGAAGGUCGUCUUAUUUUUACUAGGUAUUACUACCUCUACACUACACAUACCGUUGCCCGCUACCCUACCAAUACAUCUUUCUUAUAUUUUCUAUUCGAAGCGCCUAGGAUUAAUAAAUCAAAUUCAUUUAUUUUUCCCCGCGGUGCAUAUUCAAGAGGAAAGAUUUCUUAUUUUCAGCUUUUACCUUUUACACAAACAUCUUUUCUUCAUCGACGUCUGGAUAACGCCUUUUUUGAACAUUUUGGUGUUCAUUUACAUUCCUUCAACCCACCUUACCUUCCUUCUAUUUGUCGAUAUUUCGACAUACUCUCGACGAUCGAUUCUUAUUUGUCUUGAAUCUGGUUAUUCACGGAAUCUAUCGCCUACUCCGCUCGCUCAUUCACUUACGAAAUAUCUAACGACGCAAGAUCGUCUACGACAAACAAAGUCACCUCUCGAUAUUCCAAUUUUACAUCUCGGGCUGGUCUGGGUUGAAUGUCAAAUCUUGUUUAUCGAUCGCUCUUCAUAUACUUUAUUAGGCCGAUCUGAAGACUCCAAAUACAACGUCUAGAUCUGUUAGAUAUUCUUCACAAUUAUGUUUUCCUCUUCGAUAUUUGUGGCUGUUCUCGCCAUGGUCGAAAUAGUGGCUGGUGAAGCACCAUCUGGAAGUUCUUCAACAACAGCUACCACACCCGCUGCACAGGCUGCUGCCGCCGCUGCAAAGGCUCUCAAAGUCAAAGCGGCAAUGUUCAACCAGGAUUUUUAUGAUUACAUUUUUAUUGUUCUUGCGGCUUUGAUCGGGGGUAUGAUUGUGUGGAGAGUGGUCAUGGAGUCUGUCAAAUAUAUUCGAACCAUGGCAUCACUCAACAACGAAACGCAAAGAUAUUUCGCCAUUCCCUCUUCCGGGUUUGCGAAAUUCAAGAAACAUGUUCUGUAUGCUCCUGUCUUGAGCAAGAGACAUAAUAGAGAAAUCCAAAUGGGGAGAGCUAUUAACGUCGGUACUCUGCCUACUAGAUUUCAACUCGCCUUUCUCCUGGCUUAUUUCGGAACCAACAUUGCUUUCUGUGUUGUUAGCAUUACCUGGGAUCAGUCAUAUGCUACCGUAGCCCAGCAAAUUAGGAAUAGAACUGGUAUUCUUGCCGUUGUCAAUAUGAUUCCCCUCUUCAUUAUGGCUGCCCGAAAUAACCCUUUGAUCAACUGGCUCAACUGUUCUUUUGAUACUUUCAACCUUUUGCACAGAUGGACUGGAAGAAUCGUAACUCUCCAGAUGAUUGCCCAUGUUGCUGCUUGGGCUGCUGCCAAGGUUCAUACCUCUGGUUGGUCUGCCGUUUGGGCGUCGAUUGGCAAGAGUUCCAUGCUCACGUAUGGGGCUAUCGCCACAAUCGCCGCCGUUGUAAUCAUGAUCCAGGCUAGCUCGCCUAUUCGCCAUGCCGCAUAUGAGAUCUUCAAAUAUCUUCACAUCGCACUGGUCAUCGUUGUCAUCAUUGGCAUCUAUUACCACUUGAAGUUGGCUGACCUCCCACAAUUACCACUUUUCUGGGGAGCCAUUAUCCUUUGGGUUACUGAACGCGUCUACAGAUUACUUACAGUUGCGUACCGAAACUUCGGCAAGGGUGGAUCUAGAACGUUGGUAGAAGCUCUUCCAGGGAAUGCCGUUCGUGUUACCGUUGAUAUGGCACGACCAUGGAAAUUCAAGCCCGGUCAACACGCUUAUCUUUACAUGCCAUCUGUCGGACUGUUCCAAUCUCACCCUUUCUCUGUCGCUUGGUCGGAAGAAGCAGAAGAUUUAUCAGAUGAGAAAUUAGCCAUGAACCGUCAAGAUAUCCUCGCUAUGCAAAAGACAAGCAUGUCCUUUGUCAUUCGAGCUCGAACCGGGUUUACUGAAAAGCUCUUCAAGAAAGCCGAGGCUUCCCCAGAUGGAAAACUCUAUACCAAGUGUUGGGCUGAAGGUCCAUACGGAGGAAUGCAUAUGAUGCACUCUUACGGCACAGUCAUGUUAUUUGCCGGAGGAGUCGGUAUCACUCAUCAAGUUCCACACGUAAGAGAUCUCGUUGCCGGCUACGCAAAUGGAACUGUCGCAGCCCGAAAAAUCAUUCUCGUCUGGACUAUUCAAUCACCAGAACAUCUCGAAUGGAUUAGACCAUGGAUGACUUCCAUUCUCGCAAUGGAUAAACGUCGCGAAGUCUUGAGAAUUAUGUUAUUCGUCAGUAGACCAAGAUCGACAAAGGAAAUUCAUAGCCCGUCGGCUACCGUACAGAUGUUCCCUGGUAGACCGAAUAUCGAGACUCUGUUGGAAAUCGAAAUGGAAAAUCAAGUGGGAGCGAUGGGAGUAUCGGUGUGUGGAAGUGGUGCGUUGAGUGAUGAUGUGAGGAGCGCAGUGAGGAAACAUCAGUAUAACGGAAAUAUUGAUUUUGUAGAAGAAGCUUUCUCCUGGUAGGAGGGAGUAUGGGUGCAUUUUGGAAACGAAAGGGGAUCUUUAUUCUUUGUAUAUUUUAGCUUAGAGGGUUGACGAAAGAGCCGUGGGUUGAAAUCGACAAAUUUGAUUUGGCUGGAUAUUGGGAUCAAGGUUCUGAUGAGUUUGUGUAGCUAGUGAGCGUAGUUGCAAUGCACAUAUGAUUAGACGAAUUGUAGUUCGUAUCUCAUUGGAACCUUUAUGCUGUGAUGUUCUGAAUAACUGUAUAGAAAGAAAUCUCGAGAAACUGGUGGAGAGUU